AUGGACGCAGCUGCGACCUGCACUCUCACCUUGGAUGUACGUAUUACGAAGGCUACUUACGCGCAAAAAAGACUUGAUGUGAUUGCAUCGCUAGGAUUUGAGCAGAUGACUCCUGUUCAGUCGUCCGCGAUCCCAUUAUUUCUAUCUCAUAAAGAUGUCGUUGCAGAAGCCGUGACAGGAUCGGGAAAGACUCUGGCUUUUGUGUUGCCCAUUCUAGAGAUCCUUCAGCGGCGGGAAGAGCCGCUAAAGAAGCAUGAACUAGGCGCCGUGGUCGUGUGUCCGACACGUGAACUUGCCCAGCAGACGGCAGGGGUUGUCCAGCGGUUUUUGGAUGCCAAGCCUGCGACAUCCAAGUUGCACGGCAUGCAGCUAUGCGUGGGUGGCACGGGCGUCUCUCCUGCCGAUGACUUGCAGUACUUCCGCGAGCAUGGGCCAGAUAUUCUCAUUGGCACUCCAGGACGCAUGGAAGAACUUUUAAAGCGGCCGGGUGUCAAGACAUCUGAACUUGAUGUACUUGUAAUGGAUGAAGCAGAUCGACUCUUGGACUUGGGAUUCACGAAUGUCAUCCGCUCGCUGAUUAGUUACUUACCAAAGCAGCGGCGCACCGGAUUGUUUAGCGCGACGAUGACCGAAGCACUUUCCGAGCUUGUGCGUGUGGGACUGCGGAAUCCUGUGCGUGUGGUCGUCAAGGUAGAGUACAAACAGCGUGGCCAUGGUCCAACGCAAGAUCUCCGCAUGCCUGCAACUCUCGAGAACUUGUAUCAUGUGUCGCGCCCGGAACACAAGUUUGCCCAACUCUUGCGGAUCCUGCAGCAUGAGGCUCGUGGAGCCUAUCAUGCCCGAAAAGCGAUCGUGUACUUUGCUACGUGCGCACAGGUCAACUAUUUAUUCUCGCUCUUGGCACGCUAUGCGAAAAGCCAUCCCGCCGCCCUCGAGGGACUGCGUUUCUUCUCUCUACACGGCAAGCAAACGCCCAAGCGCCGCACAGCAACAUUUUCUGCCUUUUCUCAUGCACAGACUGAUCAUGAAAAACCGCCAAAGGCACCACAUCAAGACACCGAUGACGCCGGUGCUACCAAUGCAAGUAUAUCUGUUCUAUUAUGCACUGAUGUGGCCGCUCGUGGCCUCGAUUUGCCGGAUGUCGAUGUCGUCGUGCAGUACGAUCCACCAAGUGAUCCCAAAGUAUUCCACCAUCGUAGUGGACGUACGGCGCGUGCUGGACGCCAUGGUCGGGCGAUUGUCAUGCUGCAUGCGGGUCGUGAAGAAGGGUAUGUGGAGUUCUUGCAAAUCAAGCAAGUCCUGCUUCAGCCCUAUCCCUACUUGGUAGUCGACGAUACCAAGGGCACUCUUUUGGACGGCCAAGAACCCGAGGGACAGCGUGAUGGACAUGCGCAUGCGCUGGAAAAGGAGCUUCGUGCGACAGUGCAUCAAGAUCGUGCACUGUAUGAACUGGGUCUUCGUGCAUUUGUUAGCUGGACUAAGGCAUACUUGAAGCACGAGGUCGCGUACAUUUUCCGCUUGACUGACUUGCCGCUCGACGGAAUGGCAUGUGAAUUUGCCCUGCUUCAUCUGCCGCGCAUGCCUGAGUUACGGUCAUGGCACAUGCAGACAAAGCCGCUCUUUACAGAUGAUGUGCCAGAUCUACAAACGUUUGCGUACGCAGACAAGCAGCGGGAAAAGCAACGUGCAGCUCGACAGCAUGCAAGAGCAUCAGCGCCAGCGCCGGAGGGGCCACGAGUUCCGCGAGGCAAGACCGAGGCCUGGAGUGAGCAGAAGCGCAAAAAAGAGACGCGCAGUCUGCGCCGUGAGAAGAAACAGCGCAAACGACAAUGGCUUCAAUCGCAGCAGGAGCAAGCCAAGUCGGCACAGAUGCUCACGGUCGAUGCGGACAAAGAAGACGACUGGGGCGCGGAGGAACGCGCCGCCAAGAAACUCAAGAAAGGUUCGAUGACACAAACAGCAUUCGAUGCGGCAUUUUUUGACAGUAUGUAA